CCAGAAAAUACACACAGGAGAGAAAUCUUACCCCUGCCCUGACUGUGGGAAGAGGUUUGCUCACACAGGAGCCAUGAAAAUACACCUGCUGAAGCACACAGUACUCCAGAAACGCAAGCAGAUGCACACAGAAGAGAAACCUCACUCUUGCUCUAUAUGUGGAAUGACUUUUUCUACAUCGUGGAAUCUCACUAAACACCAGAAAAGACACUCAGGAGAGAGGGGUCACGUCUGUGACAUCUGUGGGAAAGGGUUCUCUGAAUCCACACACCUGAGGGCCCAUCAGAGGACGCACACUGGAGAGAAACCCUACCAGUGCUCUGACUGUGGGAGGGGCUUCUCCCAAUCAGGAAGUUUGAGAAGACACCAGCAGAUCCACUCUAGAGAUGCUGGCCUGGUCCCUGAUGCUGGCCUGGUCCCUGCUGAUGGUGAUGCUCUUGAUCCACCUACUGACUGUACCUCCAACGUCCAUGUGUCAAUGCAUGGUCGGGGGAUGUUACGUGAGCACCUCCGUCAGAUACCUGGGAUUAGUGCUGCCUUAGUGGAACUGCAGGUAAAAGAAGAAGAAGUUGGUGGUGGUCUGAUCAAUUCUGAUGGAGAAGAAGUUGGAUUGGAUCCUACUCAACAUGGAAAGAGUUCAGACCAGGAGGAGAGUCCCUCUACAUCAAGAGAACCUGAACAACACCAGGAGAGUCACACAGCUAAGAGCUCUCACUGCUGUUCAGUGUGCAGAAGAGAUUGCCUAAAGUUAUCAAAACUGCUAAUACAUAUGAGAAUACACACAGGAGAAAAGCCUUACCCUUGCUCUGUGUGUGGAAAGCAGUUCCGUGAAAAAAGACAUCUUCAAGACCACCAGAAAGUGCACACUGGAGAGAAACCUUUCGUCUGCUCCAAAUGUGACAAGAGGUUUGGUUUCGCUUCAGCCUUGAAAAGGCACCAGUGGUUACACACAGAAGAGAAACCUUACUCCUGCUCUGUGUGUGGGAAGGGUUUUACCUUACAAUCACGCAUGAAGGAACACUCCCUGACACACUCAGGAGAGAAACCCCACUCCUGCUCUGUCUGUGGGAAGAGUUUCAGCCGUCCAGAUCAGUUAAAGGACCACUCUAUGCAACACGCAGGGAAACCCCACUACUGUUCUGUGUGUGGGAAAAGCUUUGCCUUGUCUAAACAACUCCUGAAGCAUGAGAAGACUCACACAGGAGAGAGACCUUACAGUUGCUCUGUGUGUGGGAUGAGUUUCAGCGAGAAGGCAUAUCUUGAAGACCACCAGUCAGUGCACACUGGAGAGAAACGACACCCCUGCCCUGAUUGUGACAAGAGGUUUGGAUGUGCUUUGUCCCUACGUAAACACAGACUGUUACACAUAGAAGGGAAAUCCCACUCCUGCUCUGUGUGUGGGAAGAGUUUUGCAAGAUCAGCAGACCUUAAAGUCCACCACAAAGAUCAUACAGGAGAGAAACCUUACAGCUGCGCUAAAUGCGGACAGAGCUUCACCAGUUCUCAAAAACUUCAGAGACACCAGAAAACUCAUGUUGGUUUACCACCUGUAGAGUUUCAAAACCCUGUUACAAUUGAAGGAGGGAGGGAGGGAGAAGAUGAGGAGGAGGAAGUUGGUGGUCUGAUUCAUUCAGAUGGAGAAGAAGUUGGUUGGGAUCUUCAUCGUCUCAACAGGAGUUCUGACAAGGACGGGAAUGCCUCUACAUCAAGAGUACCUAACGAAACCAAGGGGGAUCUCAAAGCUCAGAGAUACAGUUGCUCUGUGUGUGGGAAAGACUGGAAGCGGUUAUUUGAUCUGAAAAGACACAUGACAACACACACAGGAGAGAAACCGUACAGCUGUUCUGUGUGUGGGAAGAGUUUUAGACGAGCAGACCUCUUGAAACAACACUUCUGGACACACAAAGGAGACGCAGGGGAGAAACCUUACCCCUGUCAUGUCUGUGGGAAGGGUUUCACAAGAUCAUCAGACCUUAAAAUACACAAUAGAGUUCAUACAGGACAGAAAUCUUCCAGCUGUGCCGAAAGUGGCCAGAGCUUCACCACUUCUCAGAGUCUUGGGAGACACAAGAAGAGACGCCACAGCUCACUUCCUGAGGAGGACCUAGCUGCAGAGGUAAAGAGUGAGGAGGACUUCACUAGUAUCAGUGAUGAAGAGGAGGAGGAGGAAACCUCUGCUGUGGGAGGGGGAAACAAGGACUAGCCUUACAUAUCAAGAUGUAAAAGUUACUGUACAGCAGGGUUUGGAUCCAUUCAGGAAGUUCAAUUGAGGACAGCUUAAUGAAUGAACAACAGAGACAGAAUGCAAAUAUGAAAGUUUAUUAAAAUAGUUAAGAGUUCAGGUGGGCCCUGUAUGUAUGUAUGUAUGUAUAUACACUGCUAUAAAAAAUAAA